AUGAAAGACAGCGGUCAGUUAAAUUUUUUCAAUAAACUUGAUGAGCCUAACGAGUAUUCUCCUGCUACGCCUAUGGGAGGUGGGUUGGUGUAUAAUACUUUUGUGUUUCAUGUUUCUAGGAAUGAAACAAAAUAUGGAAAGGAGGGAAAUAAUAAUAAAUUCAGGUGGAAGUUUUUUCUCGGGAUUAAUUGACCGCGUUUUUCGAACGGAAACGCCUUCUUCUUCUUCAAUUCCACGGGUAUCAUCUGUUCCGUCUACAAACGUCGAGUCUGCAAUAAGCAACUCUAUUGGUGAUUUUUCGACGGUACAGUUGUAUGUUAUCUGGAUUAUUAUCGUUGCCUACGGAAAACUAUCUUACGAAUUACAUGCAAUGCCAAUAAAUUUAAUGUUACGAUUUUCAUUUAUAUUUUUUGGUUUGAUUUAGUUUCGAAUCUUCCUGCACCAAGCAAUGCGAACUUUAAUGGUUCUUUUCAACGCAAAAAUCCCGGAAAAGUUGACGCUAAAGUUGAGCUGAAGAACUACAACGACAGCAGUUUUAGUGAGAUAUUCACGUUCCUUUUUUCCCAUCUUUCACUUCAAAUUCAACUCCUAUUUGAGUUUUUCAGAGCAAUAUUGGAUGCCUGAUGCUACUGGAAAAGAAUGUUAUCAGUGUGAAGAACGGUUCACAACUUUUCGGUGUGAAAAUCCCUAAACAAAACAAUUUAAUUUUCCUUUUCAGUCGUCGUCAUCAUUGUCGACUGUGUGGGCAAAUUUUUUGCUCGAAAUGUUGUAAUAAUCGAGUAGACGGAUCUUCAUUAGGUAAAUUCAAUCAAAAAAUUGUUUGACGCUUUUUUUCAGGUUAUUUGGGGGAGCUGCGUCUCUGCGAUUUUUGCGCGACAAAAGUUCAACAGAAGUCAAACGAGCCCAGUAUUUUGCAAGGACGCAAAAACUCCCAACAGACCAUUUUGUCUCGCAAAUUGAGCGAUCAGUCAAAAGUGAUGAACUCGGACACUGUGAAAACAGUGUCUAACGGUAGCAGCUGAAAUGUUGAUUUAGUGAAAUAUUAUAUUAAGGAACCAUUUGGUCUAUUUGCCCGGGUACAAGCAUCGAUUCUCCUGAAGAUCCUCCUAUCCAAAACAAAAUCCAAGUAAACGACUACUCGCCUUCAAUUUUGUCCGUUCACGAACUUUGCGCAGGAUCCCAUAUCUCAGGAGGGCUCCAACUGAAUGUGAGCUUCCAUCACAUUUUUUCAAAUUUGAAAAAAAAGUCGAUAAGUGAGAGAGAAGGGCAAAAAUAAAAAUAAAAAAAUGUUUUUCGAGGUCAAAAUCACACAGGUGUUAAAAAUAAUAAAAAUAGGCAAGUAUUUUCCUAUUUAAUUAACUUUGAAAUAACUUUUUCAGGAAACCAUGACCUCACUGAUCAGCGAAGAAGACGAAUCUGGUCCCGAUUGGUUCAGAAGCAUGAACCAUGGAAUGGAUGGCGUGAUAUCUAACGAAGUUGUUUUUUUAAUCAAGUUUUGUCUCAAACUUUGUAUUUCGGAUCUCUGACUCUUCCGACAUGUUUGCCUACGCCAACAUGGCCACUACCAACACAGUGAAAGACGUGCUUGCUAGCCAAGAAGUAGAAUCUGGAAGGAAAAUUACUUAUCCGAAAAUGUUUGUAUACUGAACUUUUUUCUUUACUCACUAAAUUUCUCAGGUCGACGGAAGAGAAGAACCUAGAAAUAAACACGGAAAACAAUCUCAAGGAAAUUUUUUUGAAAAAUACCGAAAAGAUUCUUGACGACAUUCUAUUCCGAGAAGAUAUCGACAGUCAACGGUUGAAAUUUUUCUGUUUCAAAAAAAUAAAAAAAGUUUAUAGUUUUUUUCAGCUGGAAAACGAUAAUUUUUAAAAACAGCUAA